UUUUUGUGCUGUUAGUGCGAGAAAAUGCUUUAUAAACCUUUGGUCUAAGUCGCAUACGCACCCAUGUUUGUCUGUUGCUUUUUCGCUUCAUCGGAUUUUCGGAGGCCGGUUACUGCAAUAUGGAAUUCAGUCAGUAUGUUUAGAAUAUCAUCCUGAUCAGAAGAUGCUAUAUUUCUUAUAGAAAAAGGGAGGACAUUUAAAGGAAGUAUGCGGACAUCCUAAACCUCGGUGUCAAGUGUGCUAGGAGUGCCAACAAAUCCAAGUCUCGUGCUGUAUUUGAUAUUUCUUGGGUGGUAUUGCAUUCUUUGGAGGAAGCAUGAUGAGCACUGACGGUGUAGAGCUUACGAGGACCAUCAAUGCUAGUCUUCCUUGGAAAAUGGUGGCUAAAGGGAGCAGGAGCUCAACAAGACGAAAUAAGAAACCGGUUUCCCGAGUUGCAGCCUUGGGAGUUGAGGCAGCAGGCACAGUGGUGGAAGGUGUUUCAGAAUCUGAGAAGGGAAACCUACAAGAUGAUUUGCAUCUUCGAAGAAAUCUCUUGAUAGCACUUUUCGGAGCUCAAAUCGGGAAGCUGCUGCUUUUGCACUAUGUGUUGGCUGAACAAUUUAGAUUCUAUUCUUCUUAUAUGUUUACCGGGGGGUACAACGAAAGUGGCAAAUUGUGUGGCGAAGAUGUUAAUGCUGAAAGAAUGUUUGGACCCUUUGGUUCAGAUGGCGGUAUGUAGAAGAAACCUGCAAAAUCUGGCCAUGCUGACCUAACACAAGAUGCUGUAAGAAUUUUACAGGGAAACCUACAAACUUCUUAGAAGAAUCCCUUGAUAGCACUUUUCGGCACUCAAAUCGAGAAGGGGUAUGAAGAGAUUGACCAGAGUGAUGUUCCGGAGAGUGGAGAAGUUCUGUGGGAUCUCUAUGGUUAGUUGGUUGGAGGAUAAAUCCAGGGAUUUCAGAUUCACCAUUCCAGAAAAGCUUCGGCAGAAUUUUUCCGGUGAGAUUGUUGAACUGAAGAAACAAAGUAUGCAGACACGUCAGAUUUCCCAGACUUGCUGGUAUAUCACCGAUGAGGUUACAGCUCGGCGUUUCGCCGGAGAGGUCGUUAGCAUAGACACCGAGAAACUCUAAGCUCCGGAAUAUGUCCCCCGAAGAAAUUUCCGCUAAGACAGAGCACUUCUAGCUCCGUCAUCCCGUGAGACUAUCGUCGGUAAAGUUCCCGGUGAGGUUGCCAUUGUUCGACACAUUGACGACCUUCAGAGCGGUGAACUUCAAGGCAAUCUACCGGUUUUAGGGCUUUUGACUUUAGGGUUUUCAAUAUGGGAUCAAGUGACCGGUUUAGAUUAUUUUGGUUGACUUCGGUUUUAAAUAUGGUUAAAAUUGCCUAUGUCCUUUGACUUGGCAAUUUUUAAUCACAUUCGAAAGCCAUAUCAGCAAAACUAAACGUUCGUUUUA